CGUAUCAGCAUACGGAUAAAAUUUAAAACAACCCCCCAAAAAUAAAAAUUAAAACAAACCAUCGAAGCAUCCCCAUUUUCCUCCAUAAAUAUGGGUCCUCUCCUUAUGUUCAGACUCUCCCAUUUGUUUCAUCUCCACCCGCUUCAUGGUGAGAUUUUCCAUUGCUUACGCAGUUUCUUCUCAUUUCUCUGCAGUAUUUUCGCUCUCUCUGGAUCUUCUGGUUAUUUUUUAUUCUGAGUAGCAUUUGCCCCUUAGGAUUUUCUGGUUAUUUUGAUUUGAGCAUUUCUGCUGUGUUAUUUUCCAUUUUGAGAGUUUAUUUUUAGGGUUUCAAGAAGCAUACUGGGAGGUGCAGUGUAGGAGAAUGGGCGGGAAGAAGGGAAACAAGAUCCGGCAGAUUGUGAAGCUCCGGCAGUUCGUGAGAAAAUGGCGGAUCAUGGCACUGACUCGCAAUACUGGAGUCGGUUGCAGUCUUUCGCCUAGGGUUAGUAACCGAUCGCCAUUUUUGUAUGAUUCAGAUGAAGAAUGCUGCCGCGGCCAAGCGUGCCCUCCGCCGGACGUUCCUGAGGGUUAUUUAGCGGUGUAUGUCGGGAGGGGACUCGAACCUAGGCGGUUCAUUAUUCCUACUGGUUAUCUCAGUCGUCCCCUGUUUCGAGCCCUUCUGGACAAGGCUGAAGAGGAGUUUGGCUUCGAUCAUCAGGGCGCGCUUACAAUACCUUGCGAGGUGAGUGUUUUUAAGCAAGUUUUGCGGCUUCUGGACAGAAAUGAUCCGGCCGGUCACAAGAAGUUGAGCUUUGAUGAUCUUUUGAAGUUUUAUUCUGACUGCGGGUCUGAGGCGCAUGCUAAAACCCUAAGAGAGCACAGUCCCGCCAUGCAGAAAACAUUCGGGUGAGUUUAAUGGAGGGGAAAGCUCAUUUCGUCCGUCCACGAGGCCUCAAGGGUUUGUAACAGGCCAAUGGCCGACUGAGACGUUUUGACGAAGUGAAGCAAAAGCAUUUUUGAAGGCUUUGUUUUUUUGCCUGUGCCCUGUUUUUUCUGGGGUUUCUGAGCAAUGUGCUUACUUGCUCAAGCUUCCAUUUGUAUGUAAUACCGGGUUUGUAGCUCUGUACCUUGGCAAGCAUUACCGUACACUUGGUUUUGGUUCUGCUAAACAGAAUAUAUACAUACAUCUUUUUAUUGUCCUUUA